GGUGGGGCGGAUGAGGUCACUAGGAAGAGACUCGCAUCGCAGGGACAGAGGGGACAGUCUGAACAUUUCCUUGUUACAUUGUAUUGCUGAUGAAUGGUUCAGUGUACCACAGUCAGUCUGCUGCAGCUGUGUUAUCUAAGCACUGAUCCUAAGGAGAGUGACCAUGUCCCCUGAUGAACUAACCUAUCUGGCUAUAUUGCUGUGUUCUGUACCGGUUGGUUUUUUCUUCAAGAAUGCAAGUCCACGUGUGAAACAGUGGGGAGGGUCAACUGUGGGACUGUUGCUUACUCUGGUGACUUGUAACAUCCACACCCUCCAUUCCACUAUUACCAUCCUCUGUACAUGGAUCAUUGUAAAAAUGUCACCCAGAGCCUGCCACUUCUUGGUACUGGGUUGGACCUUCAUCUACCUGCUCUUCUUCCGCACAGUGACUUAUUUUGACCUUCCUGCACCCACCCCGUUCACGAAUGCAAUACAGUUGAUUUUAACUCUGAAGCUGGUGAGCUUCGCAAAUGAGGUGCAAGAAUUUAGCAGAGCCAAAAAACAGGAUGUGGCAUCAUUUUCAAAUCACUCGACCGUUGGUACAAUUACCAAGAUCCCAAGUCUGAUUGAAGUUUUCAUGUAUAGUUAUUGCUAUAUUGGGCUUAUGACCGGUCCCUUCUAUCGGUAUAAAACUUACCAUGACUGGCUACACCAAAUUAACUCUCAAGACAUCCCGAGCUGGAAGCCCAUGGUAAUUCGGCUGAAGCCGGCUCCAGUAUUUGGUGUUCUGUUCCUUAUUGUUUCACAUUACUUCCCUCUGGAUUAUGUGAAGAUGGAUGAGUUCUAUGAUUGCACCUUCCUCUAUCGCCUAUUCUAUAUGGUUCCCAUAUUCUUUGUUUUCCGCAUGCGAUUUUAUGUGGCCUGGAUAUUUGCGGAAUGUGGGUGUAUUGCUGCGGCUUUUGGUGCCUAUCCCAUUGCAGCCAAGUCUCGUUCUGGCGGGGGACCAACUGUGGAAUAUGCUCCACUGGAGAGACGUGCUGACGGAUCCAAAGUGAACAUAGAGUAUGACUACGAGACGAUAAAGAACAUUGACUGCUACGGAGCAGAUUUUUGUGUGAAGGUGAAAGAUGGGAUGCGCUGCUGGAACAUGACUGUACAGUGGUGGCUGGCGCAGUACAUUUACAAGAAUUCCCCCAUCAAGUCCUUUGUGUUUGGGAGUGCUUGGACCAUGCUGAUCAGUGCCUACUGGCAUGGAGUCCACCCUGGUUAUUAUCUGAGUUUCCUGACCAUCCCAAUGUGCCUGGCAUCAGAAGGGGCGAUGGAUGCCGGCUUGAGGCGCCGGCUUUCAGAUUCCGGCAAGCUGGUGUUUGAUUGGGUGCACUGGUUCCUGAAAAUGAGAGCUUAUGACUACAUGUGUAUGGGAUUUGUCCUGCUCACCUUCUCCGACACUGUACGAUAUUGGCGCUCCAUUUAUUUCUCUAUUCACGUGCUGGCUGUGUUCUUCCUCAUCUUGGGCAGGGUGCUGGCAGUGAUGACUCCUCAGGUACCCAGGAAGAGCAAAGAAGAAAAAUAGGAAUUGAAAAGGGAUGAAUAGGCUGCAACUAGAUGCAAGACCCCUGUUCAGUGUGAUGUUUACAUGGAUGUAUCGGCAAGCCAUAGAGCUGCUGUGCUUGUGCUAAACUGGAUGUUAUGAAUGGGACAUGUUCUGUGCUUCAAAUGCUGGACUGUGAAAGACCUUUAAUUUUAUGUAGUAGAAAUAGGGAGUUCUGUUUCCACUGAACUAAGUGUACUCCCUCUCCUCUCCUUAUGACCCACACCGCUCCCUUGCCACCAAAAGGUUGUCCGUUCGCUUCUGACCUAUCUUUUUACUUCUGUUUCAGCCAUAAUCAUGUGCGUAUACUUGUGAUCUUCCAGUGCGUACGUGCCUGCUACAUACAUUUUUGGUAAUACACUAUCGAUAGGUGAGGUUGCCAUAAAUGCUCUUUCUCAAAUACCACAUAUAUUCUUUUAUCUAUUUGUAUUUAGCAAUUUACUUUCUAGCAUUGAGUGGCUGUACGUACAACGUUGUCUUUGUCACUUGGCAGCAGGUUUGGUAACCGGCACAGUUGCAGACUGAGAUAUAAAUUUUUCAUGGUAGUGUAGAUCACGAAAUGACAUCCUGUAGAGUCCGUUGAAACCAUAAUUGUUGCUAGCCAUAUGUCACUGAUCAACACCUUUGUCACAAUAGCCAAUAGCAGUCUAGGUUGUGUCUUUUUUACACUGCCUCCUCCAUAAUCCAAAUAUGGGCUCCCUCCACAAGACCGACCUUUUCCAUUGCCUUAAACUGAUUGCUAGGACCUGACUGCUCCAAGCACAAUUGGAUGUGUCCCCAAGCGACAAUAUUGGAUGGGUUUCAUUCUCCUGUGCAGCGAGCUCACAAAAUGAUUGGAGUCAAUCAGAUGCUGUUUUUUGAUUUGCAUGUUCCAAAAUGCACCAAUUUUUAAAAUGCCAAUCCUUAUCUCUAGCACUGUAACUUGUUGAAAUCAGGAAAAUGUUUUAUACCCAUAAUGUUUGAAUUUUAAGGGAGUGUUAAAGUGUAAUAGAACAAAACUUCCUAGUAAUCUAUGUAAUUAAGAAAUGAUUUAUAUUCAAAAUUGAAUUAGGGGUCUAUUUAUGAAGCAGUGAAAAGAGUGGGGAAGUGGAAACCAAUUAGCUGCUACAUAUAAUUGUAUAGAAUGCAUGCGACAAAUGUUACUUAAAAACUGAUUGUCGUGGGUAACAUCUCCACUGGCUCACUUCUCCACUCUUUUCACUGCUUCAUGAAUAGACCCCUUAAUUUUACUAAAUAUGAAAGAUUGGAUUGGCAUUUUCCCAACAAAAAAAGCAUUUUUCUAAAAACCUUUUCCAAUUGUGGUUUCCCUGCAACCACUAGCCGGAAAAGUCAUGUGAUGUAUGAUUGACCAAUCUCAUCUUUUUAUGCAACUGUCUCAGUAGCCAAUGUAAAGUCAGCUUUCAGUUUUGUGUAACACAAGUAUUUGCUACAGCAUUUCUUAAAGUGUUUGUUUCGCCACACACUGUGGCUGAAGCUAUGUAGUGUGAUGAACUAAUAUUCAGCCUAUACCUUCACGAGGAGCUAGUGUCAUUGCUGAGGAAAUUGUUAUUAUUUCCUAGUGAACAAAUAAGCCGCAUUGUCAUGAAUGAUUGACACAAGAUGGCUGCCCUCACUGUGCAAAAGCGACCAGUGCACUUUAACCAGGUUAAUAUUCUAUACAGCAUCUGCUUUUUACAGUAUGCUCUUAGAUAACGUCACUUGUACUCAGACAAUUGUCACGUUGCCAAUUACUUUGGGAAGUUUUGCUUAUGUUGCUGAACAUUAUUUCUCAGGUACAGUCUUCAUUCCCAUUCAUAUUACAGGCUGAAAACUUGCCACGUUAGGGCUGAGAGACACAGGUGUUACUGUGAGUGCCGUUGUAUUUCACAUUUGCGACUUUAUUUUGCAAGCUGCAGUUGAAAGGACAGGAAGAACAUUCUAACUACAUAGCUUGCAAUCAUUAGGGGGACAUUCACAGGCCCUCCACCUUUGCUACAUCCAACAAUUAUCAGCCAAUUUGUUUGGCUACCCAUAGGCCGUCGCUUGCCUUGCUUAAUUGAAAGAGGGGUUUUAGCCUUGAUAUACGGUCCUUAGGUUGACCUUACUUAGGUCGACAGUCAUUAGGUCGACCAAUAUUGGUCAACUCGCACUAGGUCGACACAUGGAAAGGUCGACAUGAGUUUUUCACAAUUUUUUUUUCAUUUUUCUGAGUUUUUUUCAUACUUUACGAUCCAUGUGUAAAACGAAUGGGAAUAGUAACCUGUGGCGAGCAGAGCGAGGCACCUUGCCCGAAGCAUGACGAGCCAUGCGCAGGGACACGGUGCACUAAUUGGGGUUCUUGGUCACUUUACGAAGAAAACGUAAAAAAAAAAGCAUGUCAACCUUUUUCCAUGUCGACCUGCCGACUAUGUCGACCUUUUCCAGGUGUCGACCUAGUGCCUGUCAAUCUAAUGAGUGCCAACCUAUAUAGGGUCGACCCAACAAAUCCAUUCAUUAGCCUUACAUUUCUCACAGGUAUUAUUACUGCAUCUGACCAGCAGAGGUCCCUGUUGAUCGUACAUAUCUUGAUUCUGCUCAAUAGAGCAAAUAGUGGGGAUUCUCAGUUCACUGACCACACCUAAGUACUAAUACAGGAAAGAGUACGAGAUAUGAUAUUUUAAAAUAGAUUUUCUAUCGCAGCAGUACCAGUUACUCUUUAGAAGGAGUUGGUGCAGUGUAUUCAGUACACAACACACACACACAUGUAUAUAUGUAUGUGUGUGUGUGUAUAUAUAUAUAUAUAUAUAUAUAUACAUACAUACAUACAUACAUACAUACAUACAUACAUACAUACAUACAUACAUACAUACAGGUUGAGUAUCCCAUAUCCAAAUAUUCCGAAAUACGGAAUUUUUUGAGUGAGCGUGAAAUAGUGAAACCUUUGUUUUCUGAUGGCUCAGUGUAAACAAACUUUGCUCAAUACACAACGUUAUUACAAAUAUUGUAUUAAAUGACCUUCAGGCUGUGUGUAUAAGGUGUAUAUGAAACAUAAAUUAAUUGUGUGAAUGUACACACACUUUGUUUAAUGCACAAAGCUAUAAAAAAUAUUGGCUAAAAUAACCUUCACGCGGUGAGUAUAAGGUAUAUAUGAAACAUAAAUGCAUUCUGUGCUUAGAUUUAGGUCCCAUCGCCAUGAUCUCUAAUUAUGGUAUGCAAUUAUUCCAAAAUACGGAAUAAUCCGAUAUCCAAAAUACUUCUGGUCCCAAGCAUUUUGGAUAAGGGAUACUCAACCUGUAUAUAUAAAAAAAAAAUUAUAAACAUUUUUUGAGUGUUUAUCCAAAGCAAUUACAGUACUCAUACAGUAUUUACCCCCAUUUUUACAGCUCCCACCAAAGACAAGUGUAUGCAAGCAAAGGGUAUUCUUUGCACGCCAAUGUUCGUGCAUUUUCCUGAUGAAUGAACCGUUUUGCGUUUUUCUUUAAUGCUUGUUGAGAUGUGUGCCAGUGGAUUUAUCUGUAUAGGUUUGGUUUGUGCCUCUGUACCUUCAUCCUGUGCAGGGAUGGUCAGAAGAAAAGAGAAGGAUGAACUCUGGAUAAUUUGGUGUGACAUUUCAAAUAAUACUUGGAAUUUGUUGAGGGUUUAAGGCAUUACAAUCUUUUGUUUUGCACAUUUAUCAUUUUUAUAUAAAAAAUAAAUCAAUAAACAAUGUAUUUUGAAAUCUGACAAA